CUCCACACCCAAACCCAGGACCCCUCUCACCUCCAACACCACCGCCUCAUACUUUCUCUCACGGGGCUAAACCUCCAGCAUGGCCGACAAAAAACCGGCUAUGAAGUUCUCGCUCUCGUUAGGCGCAAAGAAGCAGACGGCCGCCCCAACAACCCUCAAGAGACCUGCCGUAGCUCUACAAGGCUUUGAAGACGAGGUAAUAGCUGCACCCACGGCACAAGCAGUAUCAGCUUUCGACGCAGCCGCUGGAGGUGCAAUCGAUACCUCAGCACCAAUAGUCACAACCGGGCCAGUAGUCAUCGCACCACAAGCAAAUCGAGACUGGCGUGCCGAAUCCCGCAAGAAGCAGCGCGGUCGUCUACCCGACGGGGCUGGACAGGGAUACAGUGCUGAUGUUACCGAUCAAGACAUCGGCGCAUCUAAGAUCGCGUUUGGGUUGACCGUGGUGAAGGCGGAACAAGGGGAUGUUGCUUCGGAGCAGACUACGGAGUUUAUAAAGGCAGAACCGGUGUCGGAUGCCCCAGAGCCCGAGAAGCCAACGGAAGACCAACUAGCCUUGCAAGCUCUGCUCGGUCAGCGCCCGGAAUCGAACUUGGUUAUCUCUAUGGACGAAGAGACAGCAUUCAAAAACGACUUUUCGAAUGCUCCGCCAGCUCCGUCGCUCGAAGACUAUGCUAAGGUGGCUAUCGAGGACUUCGGCGCUGCUUACCUUCGUGGCUUUGGCUGGAAAAGCGACGACUCAGCCCAGCAGAAAACCAAGCCAGAGAAACGCCCGGCCCGCCGUUCAGCUCUCCUAGGAAUAGGUGCGAAAGAGGAGGCUGCCGCGGGAAUUGAGCUGGGCGAGUGGGGCAAAGGAGCAAAAGGGAAGCGGAAGGUGGAUCAGCCGUACAAUCCGGUGCUAUUACGCGACAAGGUGACAGGCGAGACAUUGACGGAGGAGGAGCUGAAGAAGCGACAAGAACAGCAGAAGCUGGUGGAGCUUGAGCCAAUCCCAGAGCGGAAAAAACGAUCUCCGGCCCGAGAACUCGAAUACCGAACAGAGAAGUCUUCCCGACGACACAAAUACGAGGAUGAGGAUGAACGAAGCGGAAGCCAUAGGCGAAGGGAUGAUCGGGAGAGGGACCGGGAUCGGGAUAGGGAGAAGCGCAGAGACCGAGACUACGACAGCAAGCAUCGUUCGUCUCGGAGGGAUAGAAGCACUUCCACAGACCGCAAGAGGAAACGACGAGACUAUGAUGAGCGUGAUAGCGACAGCAGUAAACGUCGUCAUAAAGAGGAUCGCUACAAGGAAGACCGCUACAAAGACGAUCGUCAUCGAGAAGACCGCUACGACCGUGGAUCAUCCAAGCGUGACGAUCGAGACCGCGAAAGACACAGCGAUUCUGGAAGGCGGCGAAAGCAGGAAGUCUAUUGAGCGAAGGAUCUCUUACAUACUCAACCGCAUAUACGGCUGCAAAUUCAGGCGGCUAGCUCGAGCGGGUGGCUUGAAAUGGUAUCAUUUUCUAGCACCGAAACAGGACUUGACGGAACCGAGUGAUCUUCUCGAAGAUCAUCUGCAGAUACGAGUUCCAAUGCUACUAACCUUGAUAAAACAUCAGAACUGAAUACGCCAUAUCGGCACGGCUUCUCCGCCCGCCCCCAUAAACAACACGUGGUUCGAACAAAGUUAGACUGAUUCUAAAUGCCCAGCCGAGGGCUCCAAGCAUGACUAUGUUGG